AUGGUCGAAACCUCUCCUACCCUACCGCCGCUGCGGAUCGGCACCCGGCGAUCCAAUCUGGCCGUCGUCCAGGCUGAGGGCAUCCGCGACAGUCUGGAAAAGAUCGCCCCGGAACGGUCCUAUGAGAUUGAAGCCCUCCGCACACUUGGUGAUCGAGACCAAUUGACGGCGCUAUAUGACUUCGGCGCCAAGAGUCUUUGGACAACCGAGUUGGAGGAAAAGCUCGUAUCCGGUGAAUUAGAUGUCAUCGUGCAUUGCCUGAAAGAUAUGCCAACCACACUUCCUGAUACCUGCGAGCUCGCGGCAAUUCCGCCCCGGGAUAAUCCCCGGGAUGCACUGAUCGUGAAGUCUGGCCUGCCUUAUACGAGCUUGAAGGAUCUCCCCGAAGGCGCAGUCGUAGGCACUUCCUCGGUCCGGCGUUCGGCUCAGCUUCGCCGUCUGUACCCUUAUCUUCGCUUUGCGAAUAUCCGCGGCAAUGUGGAGACUCGUCUAGCCAAACUCGAUAACCCAGACAGCGAGUACACGUGCAUCAUCAUGUCUGCCGCAGGUCUUGAGCGCGUGGGCCUUAAGUAUCGCAUCAACCAGUACCUGCGAUCCAAAGAUGGGGGCAUUCUCCAUGCUGUUGGGCAGGGCGCCCUGGGCUUGGAGAUUCGCAAGGGAGACACGCAAACGCAAGAAUUACUUGACCAGCUGGCUGAUAGCAAGUCGACUCUCGCUUGCCUUGCUGAGCGGUCGCUCAUGAGAACCCUCGAAGGCGGUUGCAGCGUUCCCAUUGGGGUUGAGACAGAGUGGAUCCGAUCUGAUGACUUAAAGAUCACUGCCAUUGUUGUCAGUCUUGACGGCUCUGAGAGCGUUGAAGAUACCGUUGAGGCGAGGGUCCAGAGUGUCGACGAAGCAACGGCUCUCGGAAAGGAAAUGGCGGCAAGAUUGAUCAAGGCUGGCGCAGAGGCAAUUCUCAAGGACAUCAACAUCAACCGUCCAUCAAAGGACUGA